AUGUCUGGGACACUAUUUCGCUCCCUGUUCAACAGUUUGUCUCUAUAUAAUUGUAGUGCAACACGGUCUCUACAUACAGCAACUGUUUAUUAUGCAGCUCGAAAAGGUACUAGGGCUAAAGCUCGCGCAAAGAAAGUCAAAGUGGAGAUCACUAAAGUUGGAUUUAUUCCACACAACCAAAGGGGGAAAGACAAGUUAGCAAAGACAAUCAUAAAUAAGCAUCUUGAUGACUCUCACAAGAGUAUACCACAGGAUAAUGUGUACCCACUUAGGUAUUAUCGCUGGCCUGUGUAUACAGCUGAGGAAGCUGUCAGGGCACAUCAAGAAACACAUCAUCCAUCUAUGUAUAAUGAGCCUGAGGCGUUUGUUUAUGCUAAGGUUGAAAUUAACAUGGAGGGUGUUAAGAAGAACCGUUAUAUUGACAACUUCUCUCGACUUACAUUGCUUCCACACUAUUUUCCUCAAGAUGAAGAACGCACAAUUUUAGCUUUUUGUAAGGGCCCUGAAUUAAUCAAGCAGGUGGCAGAGGCUGGAGCAACUAUGGCAGGAAGCACAGAGCUUGUGAAAAAAAUUCAGGAAGGCACAGUCAAACUCGGUGAUUAUGACUAUGUAAUAGCUCACCCAAACAUCAUUACAGAUUUAGUACCAAUCCGAGGUCUGAUGAAGAGACGCUUCCCUAAUAUCAAAGCUGGUACAUUGGACACCAAUAUUUGUGAUUUAGUCAAGAAAUUUGCUGCUGGUAUACAGUACAGAGUUAUCAAGGAUGAAAACCAACAAAACUUUGGCUCUGUUGAGGUUCCCAUUGGAAGGUUAAACAUGAGCCCCAGCAGUAUUGCUGAAAACAUAGACAUAUUACUGAAAGAUAUUCAAACUGUAAGACCAAAGAGAGAUGGACUUUUUAUAACAAGGUGUAUUAUAGUGAGCCCACCUUCGUCAGAAAAACUUAAAAUAGAUCCAUUUGUACAUGUUGAUCGUACAUUAUCUAAAGAAGUCCAAGAAGACAGUGACGAUGAAGACAAUGUCGCCGUUGCUACAGCAUAA